AUGUCGCCCUUGCCAUCCAACCUCACACUGCGUAACACGCCUCCCGGGUACCACCCCCAGGCUCAAAGUGUUGCGGAGAGUGACUACUACCCCUCGGAUGAAUAUGGCAGAGCUGAUGACACAGCCAGGCUCGACUGGUGGUCGAAUCCAGCAGACGCGACAGAGCGCAUCGCGGUCUUCGCGAUAGUGACCGGCAUUCUAUGUGCAAUCAUCAUUGUUCUUUUCUUGAGAAUACGCAAGCUGAGGAUGGGGCCAAUCAUGUAA